AUGGAUCAGAGUCUAUCGUCAAACCCAUCACCAAACAACGGGCAACUCGAGCCCUCAGCCUCAAUACACCCUUACCCAGCAACUGUAAUUGCAUUCGUAUUUAUCCUCUUCAUUGUCUCCCUCUUUAUUUCAAUCCUGCGACAACUUCUCGAACGACGUCUGUCCCAGCGCCGCGGCUGGUUUCUCACCACCACAUACCCACCCUCUCAAGCAGCAUCUUCGUCAGGCGGUAGUAGCAGAAGAAGCAAAAAAACGAAAGAACAAAAGGUUCGACCUAUAUCAGAACGCGAGAUCGAGUCUCGGCAGCUUCUAUUCCAGGAUGCUUCCCACCGAGAAGAGCGAGACCCGCUCCGAAACCCAGAUGAGCGAAGUUCACUAUAUGAUACAUUUCAGCUACCUGGCCCACACGCCUCCAAGUUGAAACCGGCGCGGUCAAUGAUGGAGUUAAAUGGAGGCAGCCCGCUUGAAGGCUUAGAAGAAAACGAAGGGCAGAAGAAGGCCAAGACCAUCCAUUGGCACGGUGUCAAUAGACUUAAUACUGCGUGGGGGUGGAUGUCAUAA